UAAACCUUUUUUUUUUAGAAAUAUGAACUCGCGGUCACGAAAAAUAAUUAACCUACUGCAUCCACCAAGAAAACUUCGAUUUGAUCGCGAUAGCGACGAUGGUAAUGAUAUUAUGAAUUUGGGAACUGAAAAUAUUAUUUGUAACGAAGAAAAAGAGAAUGGACCAGGAAACCAAAAUCCAUCACAAGAUUUGAUUUCAUCUGCAGCAAGUGUCACUGUAAUAGAAGAUAGAAACCUCAUAGCUGAUCCUCAGGAAACCAGCUCGCACCAUCUUUCAUCUAGCUCAAGCUCCUCUUCUAGUUCCAGUAGCUCCAGCAGUUCGAGUUCUAAAAGUAACUCAAAUUUUACUUCAUCUUGUAGAAGCACUUUGAAAUAUCAAGGAGCCCUGUUAGCCGAAUAUGCAGAACCCCAGCCAGGUACUUCCAAAUCUAAUAUUUCCCCACCAUCCAUAUUGACAAAAAAAUCUGAGGAGUCACCAUCAGCUACAUCUCGAGCGCCAGUACGAAAUUACAGAAUUUCUCCACUACAUUCGGGGGAAAGUGAUGUAGAUCUCAGUGAUGACGAUCCUACUUAUGAGCAAAGAGAUCUUAAUCAGCGUUCACAGAGCAGAGCAUCUUUAGCGUCGAUUGAUACAAACAACAUAACUAUAACUCCUGAUGACAUUAUUAAAAAAAAAACCAAGAAAACGAAAAGCCGAUCCUACUAAAUGGAUGCAAAACUCACAAAAAAUUAAACGGAAUUUAGGGCAAAGCUAUGUAUCUGUACAUUCAAAGAAAUCGGUUCCUGCUCGUAAUAUGAAACCACCAUGUACCCAAAAAUGUAGAUUAAAAUGCAGGGAUCGUAUAAGCGAGUCUAAGAGGUUGGAGAUCUUUAAUUUAUUUUGGGCAUUGGGUGAUAGACAAUUGCAAAGAAUGUAUAUUUUAUCGAAUAGUACAAAAAUUACACCUAGGUACAAGUACACUAAUGCUGAAAAACCACGUAAUCCUAACCACGGUUUCCAUUUUUUAAUCGAUGACGAAAGAGUUAGGGUCUGCAAAACAUUUUUCAUCAAUACUCUAGAUAUCUCACAUAAGAUGAUUAGAACCGUUCAAGAGGAGAGCAGACACACUGGUGGUUUCAUAAAUAAUGAUCAACGCGGCAAACACACCCAUCACAAGGUGGUAAGUGAUGAGAUUGUAAAAGAUAUUUUUAAUUUUAUCAACUCAAUACCCCGAAUUGAGUCACAUUAUUUAAGAUCAGCUACCUCUAGAGAGUACAUUAGUAGCGGUAAGAGUAUUGCAGAGCUUCAUAGAGAUUUCGUAGUUUUCCAAAAGGAUAAAUGUCGCGAAUUCGGCAACUAUCACACGUUUUAUGAGAUUUUUAAUACAAAAUUUAACCUUGGUUUUUACCAGCCCAAAAAGGAUCAAUGCGACCUUUGUUUACAAUUUCAUAAUUCUUCUGAAUCACAAAAGAAAGAACUGAAAGAUAAGUACGAUACUCAUUUAGAAGAAAAGGAACUAAGCAGAGAAGAGAAAAAAAAUGACAGGAGAAAUAUCGACGAGUAUAAUAUUUGUGUAUGCUACGAUAUACAAGCCAUUAUGCAAAGCCCAAAUGGUGAGACUUCGGCAUUCUACUACAAAUCCAAAUUAAACAGUUAUAAUUUUACUAUAACUGAAUUAAAAAAAAUUCAUCAGGAUCACAACGCGUCAGAAAUGGAUAUCUCUAAAAGCUAUAAGAAUGCCCAUUGUUAUUUUUGGGAUGAGACACAAGCCAAAAGAGGUGCUACGGAGAUAGGGAGCUGUGUUCUUGAUUAUUUAAAGAUGGUGUCGGACAAAGCUGGUGACCGAGAAAUAAAUAUUACAUUUUUUUCUGACAACUGCUGUGGCCAAAACAAAAAUAAAUAUCUAACAUGUUACAUAAUGUUAAUAUCUAACAUACUUAUAUGCUAUUGCUAAUAUAAAAAAAUUAUCAUCAAUAACUCAUAAAUAUCUCAUCAAAGGCCACACGCAGAAUGAAGCUGAUAAUGUACACAGUUUGAUACAAAAACAAAUAGCUAGGGACCUUAAAACUGGACCAAUUUAUUCUCCUGUUCAGUACAUAGUAGCCAUCAAAAGAGCAAAGAAAAGUGGAACCCCAUUUAUUGUUCACAGUCUAACCCAUAGCUUUUUUUAUGAUAUCCAGAAAUUACAAAAAGUUGGGGCUAUAAUUUUAAUAUCGACGAACAAAAAAAUAAUGUGGCAU